AUGGCUUUGCGUGACGAAGAGCUUGAGUUUAAACUACGAGAAUGGGCUCGAAAAGGUCAUUUAACUAUCGAAAACCCGAGUUCUAGAAGGUUCUCUGCCUCAUGUAUCCGAAGCUUCCGAGAAGAUCACAAGUCUUGUAGAACAAACUUCACCAUCUCUAAUGAGGUUGACCCAUCAACUUAUUCCUUCACUAGUGCACUCAAGGCAUUGCAAGCAAAAACAGUGUACAAGAAGCAUUGGGAUUGGUUAAAACCAGAAGGGGUUGAGUUAAAUUCGAAAUGGAACGAGGCAGAGAAGUAUAUUUGCAAUCCUUUGUCUGGUGAAGUUCCUAUGGAGUGUUUGUCUUCUAAAACCCUAAGUUCAAGAUCUUUCAGAAACUUAUCCACCAUUUCUGCUCCACUCAUGAUCUUACCUUCUAAUCAUAAUCCCAACAAUAUUCCAAGAACGACUAAUCCUAAUGUUAGAAUCAUUCAUGAGGAUCCUAUAUCUCCCGAUCCUGUUCUUAUUCAAGAAAAGAAAGUUGUGGGGCUAAAACGAGAUGUGGGUGUACAGAGUGCACCGGAAAAUGUUAGUCCGGCGAAGACACCGCCGAUCAUGGAGAGAUCAGCGAAAAGACAGGUGGAAGCUGAUGAUUCGCCGGUGGAAUUAAAGUUGAAAACUCAACCAAAGUAUUGA